CUUUGCUUGCUCAGCUCAGUUAAGGUCAUUUGAAAAAUUUCGUGAAGACUACAGAAAAAUAUUAACAAACAAAAAAUGGCAAAUGUACAACGUAAAUUGGUUCACAUGCAAUUCAACUCUCCCAUCGGAUUGUACUCGCAGCAAACUGUCAAGGAGACUUUGAAUCGCGAAUUGAAGGCUUUUGGAACAGAUGGGAUUGAAAUGGACGAAAGUAUUACCAAGCCCCUUAACCUGGCCAACUCAGCUGUCUUGCGGGCCGUUGAAGAAGAGGAACAGGAAAUGAAAAGUGCCAUUGAAAUGUUCACCACCUGCCCGGCCAGAAGUGAAAAAGCUAGCACCGAGAGAAAAAGUCGUUCGAGGCAACGCUUUGAGGAAAGGCCGCACACGCCAUUGCAUCACCAGCAGCUGGAACAAAUCAAAACGCAGUACUUGAACCAUCAACACGACAUCACCAUUGACCGUGAUACAGUUUUAAAGAUAAAUCGCUUGGCAACUCGGAGAAAUCUACAUAAACGUGAACAUAGCUGGCCACCGGAAACAAUGAUAGUAACUCCGCCAGACACAGAAGCUGGCAAAAGACUUAAUUGCCAAACUCAAUCCAAGAAUAGCGGAGACACUUGGACAAAUCGACUACACGAACACCAUGUACGCAGUACCUCGACAGACAAUGCCUUGCAAUUUGAUGAGAGCGUCUGCAGACGUCAUGGCAUUGAUGCGAUACGGGAAAAAUUCAAUAGUCCCACUAGGAUAAUUGAACCCACGGCCAAAGAGGUGCGAAUACAGCGACAACGACGGCAACAUCAACAAGAGCCGCAAAUAAGAUAUCCUUUAGAGAACUACUUGUCGAACCAAAGUUCCAAGACAACGGAUGAAUUGUUCAAACUCCCGCAAGAAGACAAAAGAACUGAGCAAAAAAAUCUUCCAAAAAAAUCAGCAAAAACGUUUAACUCAAAUGAUGCUUCAAAGACCGAUGAAAAAGAAUUAGUCAACGGCUACGUACAGGAAGAAAACAACACAAAUCUGUCAUCGAAAAUCAAAGUUGCAUGGCAACACCCUAGCAUAAGCGAUUCUAAUAUUAUAAACGAUGGCAAAGUUAAAACCAAGGAAUCGCCACUAAGUCCGUACAAAGAUCUCACCAAACAACCCACAGAUGGGCAGCAGGUACAGGAGCAGCAUCAGGACGAAUCCGAGGAAGAGGAUGAGGCCUAUCAAGCCACUAGCUUACCCAAAUCCAAAGGCUUUUCACACCCUGAGACCAAAGCAGCAGAUGAAGAUAUAGGCCUGGUGGAGCCCAAAAGGCAAUUCUUCGAACAACUAACCUCUUGCAAAAAAUGGUUUAGCUAUGAAAACCUCAAUGCCGCAUCCCAAUGUGAUAAAAGCACUAAGACCAAACCUCUACAGCCACCCAGUGGCAAACAUUAUCAUCCUAAACGCCAAUCAUUCUCCUUGGAGAGGGGCCGCGACUCCAAAUAUACAACACGUCGUCAAUUGCCACCACAAAAGCCCCGCAAUGCUGUGACAGAUAUUGGCGAGCAAAAGUCGCCGAAAUUACAAAGACGCUCCAUAAAAAUGGCCACUGAGAUUAAGAUAUGCUACGAUGCUGAUGCGGAGGAACAUGAAAUACAGGUGAAAUCUUUAAAUCAUCCCCGAAAAGCCAUGAUGGACGAUUUGGAGAAGAUGCCACUACCACAGCCGCCCCAUGUACCCCCAUCCACCAAUCGGUCGCAGAUAAAAGACACAGAGUUAAUACACCAAAUACCAAUUUCUUUGGAAAGCCAACAAGAUGGCUCAGAGCAGCUUUUGUCUAAAUCUCCCAAAAACUCACAAAUGUACGAUGAUGCCUGUAUUUAUUUGCGUUCAAUAGAUUUACAAGACAAUACGGUGGCUUACAUACCGGCAGCCUUAACCAUUGUACCCUCACCCAGCGAGGAAGCAAUGCACCAUUGGCUGGAAACGGGCGGGCAGCUUAAAGCCAAUAUACUGCAAAACGAGGUAGGCAGCGAGUCACAAAAAGUCAAGACGACAAAAAACAACAAAAUUAAAAAGGACACUUCGGCCACUGCUGAAUCAGAGGCAGUCAACCAUUUAAAGUCAAAUGAAAAUUUAAUGUCAUCUUUUAAACCAGAAUCUAUGAAAUCUACCCCAGAGGUUAUAAAACAGCCACAGCAGCAGGCAAAUGGCAAUAAAGCUUCAGGUCCUGUGCCGGAGCCAGAAACAUAUGUAACACGCUUGCCAAGCACACCCAACGGCAUACAGCUUACACGUCAAACAAGUGUCAACACUAAACGUAAAUCGCAGUUAAAUAAUAGCAGCUCUGGCAAAGACAGCAUCAAAGUCAACAGUGGCAUCACAGAGCCCAAAGCAGCUGGUGACGGUGACGGUGACUGUGCUGGUGCUUCAGCGGUGUCAACAACAGUACCGCCAUCGCCAACAAUACUAUUACCAUCAGCACCACUAACAACACCCCAAGGGGUCAUACAUACAUAUGCAUCGGCCCCUGGCUCAGAUGAUGGUACUGUCACCAAGACAACACACCCAGCUAUGGGGCAGAGCAACAAUUGCAACAACAGUGCCGACUCCAGCACAGGUUCCAGCCAAACCAACAAACCCCAUGAAAGUGAUAAAACCCAAAGAGGUAUUUAUUACACAGAUGGUGAAUACCUAUAUGGCCCCUAUGAUCCCACUAAUGGUAUGCCCCUCUCGCGCAUAACCAUACAGGCGAUACAAGCUUCCAACAGCCAACAACAGCAAAAACCCCAGCCAACAACAGAUCAAACAUUGCCAUCAUCAAUGAACCCACCACCACCACCAUCCGUUUGCCAACAUCCAAGUGAGUCUGGAAUUAAAAAAGAUAUUGAAGCGGAAACAAUUGAAAAAAAUCAGCAUAAAAAUGAGAUUGCCAGCCUAACGGCCAAAUAUGAGCACAUUCAGAAAUCCAUAACCGAGCACCUAAGGCAAAUUGAUGCAUACAUCGAAAAUGCUAAAACUGCUCUAAAAUGCUCCCUUCGCGAGGGAAGAGAGGGGGGAGGGAAUAUCAUCACGCCACCACAACAACCCGACAAAGCUGAAUCGCACGAUAAUGGGAAGUUGGAAGAAAAUCAUAACUCGCAGUCAUGUGAGACGACGACACCCUUGCAAGAGAUUCUUAGAAAAAUUUCACACAUCAUGCAGGAUGUUGAGCAACAACAGCAACAGCCGCAAUCUAAUCAAGCGCACCACUCGGCAACGCAGUCAAAAUCCACAUUAACAACCACCACAUUAUCGCACAACAAGGAGGCCACUGUAACAGCAAAACCACCAGCCUCAACACAAUCGGCUUCAAAUGACCAAGAGAAUACCGCCAUUGUGGAUAAGGUCCUGAUGGAUCUAAAUAAGUUGACCACCCAUUUAAAGGAAUACGAGCAGGCUGAUAUUACAGCCAACCACAAAAGCCUACAGCCACUUAUUGACAACCUAAGGCAAAUGCAACCUUUAGAAUUAACAUUUGAGACUCGGCCAACGGCUCAAAGGGCAUCCUAUGUAACCGUUAGUGAGGAUAAUGUUCGGGUUAAGGAGCGGGAGCGAAAGGUCAAAAAGGAUGCAAAGAAACAGGAAAAACAAACAGGUGAGCCACAGCCUCUAUCGGCACGAAAUAGCUGCCAAACCCAAUCGCCAGAACUCAUGCCUCAUCGUCCACCUAAUCACCUACAGCAGCGACAAAAACUUAAGAAUAUGACAAAUGUGGUGGCAAACUACGAGCUUUUAGGUGCCACUGGCAAUCAAGUUAUAAACUCGUCUCAAGAAAAGCAGGCCCCAGAUAUGUUGGUGGAGGGAAAAAAUCUAGUUUCCGAUUUUAUAGCAGCACGUCAUCAACAGCAACAACUUAUCGGUCAAGUAAUAGACACGCUUGGCAAAUGCUGCACAAAGGGAAAGGAGCAGAAAUACCCUCAGGCUAAAGUCAGCCCUAACGACAAACAUGGUGCAGUGAUUGCUGAUGCAACCUCAACUGCUGAGGUGACGAAAUCAAAUUUAAAUCAAACCACAUCAUCAUUUUCUGGCCAUAGCAAGAAAAUUGUUAGCCAUGGCCCUGUUCCAAGCCCAUCCAUGUUGAUGAGUAGUGUCGGCCAGAGUAAAGAUGCUGAUCACCAUGAUGCACAGAAGCAGGAACCAAUUGGGCCGUCAUUACAAUCACGUCGUGGUAAACGAAAUGAAUCUCAGCUCAAAUUGGUUAUUAAAAAUUCUCGGGGCAUUAUAGCUGAUAAGCAAUUUCCCAAAUAUGACAAACAACUAAUGAACUCCAAGGUUCAACAUCAUCGUUCUCCGGCAGCCAACCGAGCACAGCAUCAAGGAGACAAAAAACCAACGGUGAUUGACAAGAAUGCCAAGCAGCCACAUGACCAGCAGGCAAAGGAAAUUGCUGCUGGCGACACUUACAAGUCUUCAUAUGAAGUACGUAGUCCCUAUGUAACAGAACGUCAAAUCUCUUGGGGGGACAUGCAAGUUAGUAGCUCCAUGGCCGUGGGACAGGGAACAAAAAACACCUCGAUUGAAGGUGGUGAUAUUGCAGAAACAACUAGAAAAUCCAUGGACGAAAAAAAGCACACUGGCAUCGGUGAACUGCAAAUCUUGGCAAAUGUGCCAACACACAGUCCGAGUGGCAAGAGCAGUGGUGCUGUGACAGCAUCAACUACACGGACGACAAGUGGUCUCGUUGAAAUGCAAUCAACGGUGCCUUCAAAACCACGCAUACAAACUAGACUACAAAAUCAGCAGCAGCAUCUGCAUCAAGACACAUUAGAAACAGCACAGCUGGAAACUGAUAGAGAGGUAAGCAUGCACACAGGAAGAUAUCCAGCUCCUCUAAUUGAGCCACACAUACCCAAACGUGCCGCCUCACCAUUUGGCCUCAAUGCUGUGGACACUGUGAUAAGCUGCAGGCAAGGAACACCUUCACCGCCCAUCACCAAAAAACAAGAAGUCCGAUGUCCCACACCCCCUCUGCCACCUCCUCCCCCACCACCGCCGCUAUCGACAGAGGCACAUGACAAUGAUUCAAUUCAAACCAUACGAAAAUAUCCCAAAGCAUUAGUGGAGCCGCAUGUGGCCACCACACGACGUUCAGUGUCACCGUUUGCAACAACUCCAUCGAAACAACGCAGUGUGUCAAUAUCGCCGACACGUCGAGCCGUUAACAGCAAAAAAAGCAAAAGUCCUCCAACGAGAGCCUCACCUGGUCGCAAUAAUGAAACUAGCGAACCGCUACGAAAAUAUCCAGCUCCAUUGGUGGAGCCUCUACCACCAACUAGAUCCAACUCACCAUUUGGCUUGAAUUCGGUGGUGGUGCCUAGCCCACCGCCACCUCCACCGCCGCCACCACCACCAUUUGAGGAUUUUAACACUUCUGACAAAAUUUCGCCCAUACGCAAAUAUCCACCGGCCUUUAUAGAACCGCAUGUUCCCAGAAGGUCCGCUUCGCCGUUUGGAUUAAAUGUUGUGGAAGUUACAUUAUCUCACAGCAGCAAAGGCAGGGCUCGUACUCCCUCUCCGGCACGCGCUAUGAAUAGAACCAACAAUUCAGCCUGCCACAAUAAACCAACGGCAAUGGCAUAUGUGCCACAGGUGGAAGGUCACAAUGUAGGGUUAUUGGUGCGCACCGCAGCUGUCCUACCACCUGCAGUUGUCAACCAUGCCAUUGUAAUUGAUUCGUUAGCCAAGAAUCAAACUACUUUAAAAGCUGAGGAUAAUAUUCCGGCGAAUGGUGGCGCCCGAGAGUGCACAGCUUUGCCAAUUCCACAUGCAGAAACCGACCAACAAUUCGUUAACGAAGUCGACGACUACGAUGAUGAUGACGAAGAUGAAUUACAGCGUUUUAAUACACGGAAUUCAGCACCAGUGAAAAAAAUCACAAAUACGCAACACGAUGAUACCACAAAGACUGGAAGUAAUUCUGCAGCGUAUACGACGGAUACGAUGAUGAUGACAUCAAAUUUACUGGCACCGACAUCAGUGCAAGGAAAUCAACUAUUCCACGAACAGCAUGACGACCAUUGCCUCAUGACCGCAGAGUCAUCGAUGCCACCAUCAACAUCUGUUAUUAAUCGGUCAUUUGAUAAUGUUUCGCCUCGACCAUACAUCUCCAUUGAAGGUUACAAGCGUGUAGCUUGGCCUCCAGCAAGCGAGGAGAGGGUUGUACGUGAAUUUACCCCUCAACCCCAUGCUCAAUACUCGGCCCCGGCCUAUAACCCACAGGCCCAAGAGCAACAGCAACCACCUCAAUCUCAGCAAUAUCAACCAACUGCUGCUGCUGUUGCUGCUACAUUGCCCCCAACUCAGGGUCCACUUUACAAUAACGCCCACAACUACCAACAGCAGCUCCACCACCACCUCAACCAACAACAAAACCAACCUCAUACACCUUAUAGUAAUUCCACUAGCACUCAUAACAAUAACCAUCCACGUGAAAGUAUUUCACCCUAUUACCAGAGGCAACAAGGCGAAGAUCUCCCAGAGCCUUUUCCCCCUCAAACUCCAGAAACACCCAUUGUAUUGGUAGACAAACAAUUCAGCAGACUCGCCUCCCAAGAGCCAAUGCCAAAGAACAACAACAGCAGCUUCGAUGCCUCGUCCCCGGCGGCCGCAUCUGCUUCGUACCAACCGGAAUGGCAAAAGCCAAGAGAAGAAGUGGCCCCUACAUUUAAUCAGCCAUCCCAAUACUAUCAACAGCAGUACCAGACACCAAGGUAUCAGCAAACAGCUCAACAUCAACAUCAGCAACACCAAUACCAACAACAGCAAACCCAGUACCAACCGCAAAACCGGGAGACAACUCCCGGUGGUGGCUGGAGCAAUGUGCAUAGACCACAACCUAAGCAGGAAUUUGCAUAUGCAAAACCAGCAGGUGAUGUAGGUCAUGAUGAACCAACCGGUCCUGCUACUCCUAUUUAUCAGAAACAGUUUGAAUCCUACCACAAGCAACAGCGUCAAGAAACAUACCAACACCACCAACAUCACUCGCAGCAAGAGUAUCACCAGCAGCACCAGUACCAACCACCUAAGCAAUAUUCCCCACAGCCACAAUAUCAGGGACAAGCUCCUGGUCAAAUUCAAUAUCAACCCCAGCAGCAACACUCUCAACCAUCUUAUCAACAACAGCCCUGGGUGCAGGAAAACCACCUUCCCCAGCCUUAUAAGCCACCAACACAGCAGGGUGCAUACCAGGCGCUCCAGCAACGUCAGGCUUCACCCUAUCAGCAACAGCCUGCCUAUCAGGUCCCUUCGAAUAAUCAAUAUCAAGCACCCCAUUACCAACAACAACAUCAACAAUAUCAAAAUCAAUAUGUAUCACAAACCAAUCAACAACAACAAUUUAAUUCUUAUUCACAGCCCCAACAAACUAAUGGCCACGACCAGCUUGACCAUUUGCAGCAGAGCCAUGAUCAACGUGGCGCCAGUCCCGGCAUUAUCACUUUGCGCAAGGAGGCUCCCAUAUCUCAGGCACCAGCUCCUGUAUACACGUCCCAACCGGCAGCCGUAAGCUAUCAGGGCUAUGAUGAUGAAAUUUCAGGCGGCAACAAAUUGCGUGGAGAUUUAAAGUGGCCCCCACCAGAGUACAAGGAGGCUGCUGCUGUUGAAAAUGCAGAACGUCGCAAAUUGGCCGCGGGCCCUGUAUGCAGACCAAGAAGAGUCGCUCGCGACUACACUGAAUUCUUUGCUAAGAAUGCUUUGAGUCAUCACUACCCAAGCUACAAAGUUCCACCAGGCACCCAACAUAUGAUUAACUAAAUCUUAUGGAAAACCCCCAACAUCAGCCAGUGAAGGAUACAAGACGUCGGAACCUCAAUGCUUUACAAAGAAUGAAAAUAAUUAUUGAUAACACACAAAUAGUUAGUUCACUUAAAUGAAACUUUAUUAACGAAUUACCAACUUCUACUAACGAAUCAAUAACUCACAAAACAAAAAUAAAAAGAUAAUGGAACAAUUAAACAUAACAAAAUGAUUAAAAAAAAACCAUAAAAAACCAAAAGAUUUAUAUUUAAUUAUGUAUAUGCAAACACUUCACUUUAGAUGUAAUGAAAAUAACUAUCAAAAAGGGUUGUGAAAAAAAAGAAAAACAAAAUCAAUCGAAGCAGCAACAUUUUUCACAAUCAUACAAUAUAUAAAAGAAGUGUUUUAAAUGAUGUAGUUUUUUGUACAAUUUUAAAGUUUUUUAUUGUUCCUCAACAAGUUCGAAUUGAAUAAACAAAAAGAUUAAACGCUAGGCCAAUUUAUGUUUAGUUUAUGUAAGGUUUGAUCACCUGAUCGAUUUUAACACGUAAAAAGAAUAACGAAAAUUAGCUUUAAGUCUUUCAACUAAUUGAAUUCACAAAACGAAGCAAAUGUUCCUCAACAAAGGUUUUGAAUGAAUGAAAACGCAAAAUAAAAAUUAUAAUGAUGUUGUUCAAAAAAUAUUAGUUUUAGCAUAUAUAUAUCGAUGUUAUUGUUCUUAUUUUUGAGUUAGAAUAUUUAUCCUUAUUUGUAUUUGCAACUAACGAAACAAUAGCAAACUUUUCGAAGAAAGAAACCCUGCACUAACAAAUAAAUGUUAAUGAUGAAAAUCCCAAUAAA